AUGCUUUUGUUGCCCCGAAGAGAGAUUUUCCCCAACCAUUCAGAAAGGUUAGUUUUCGAGUCCGCUAGGCUUGUUGGAUCGAGAGAAGGGGAAAAGCUGCAGGACUUCUCGUGGUCAGCGAGUUGCUUGGAUUCUGUGAUGGUGGGUAAAGAGUUCGUUGAGAACAGAGAAAAAAUAGAGCUUAGAGAUAGCGAAGCAAUCGGAGAGCUCGGACUCCGCCGCCCAUCGCUUUUGUCUGGUCAGUGUUACUCAUCGGUGUGUGUUCCUUCCGGCUGUACCGUCAGCAUUUAUCACUCAUGGCUACAGCGCUUUCGCGGCCAAGCAGCCCUACUUCUCGACAAACAUCCGCGCGAUAGAGACGAUUAG